GGGACGGGAAGUACGAAACUGAAUCGGCAGAUUUUUGGUUCGUCGUGAAUCUAAAUUUAGCCUGAAAUAUACAAAUCUUGGGUAGCAGCCAUGAAAACCCAGUUAGCAGCUUCUCUAGUUCUCAUGUCCCUUCUUCUUCUCCUAACAAUCCACACCAGAGCUGAGGUUAUAACCUUAACCGCUGACACCUUCUCCGAUAAGGNGAAGGAGAAAGACACUGCGUGGUUUGUGAAGUUCUGUGUGCCAUGGUGUAAACAUUGUAAGAAGUUGGGGUCAUUGUGGGAGGAUUUCGGAAAGGCGGUGGAAAGUGAAGAUGAGAUAGAGGUUGGGGAAGUUGAUUGCAGUACGAGUAAACCGGUGUGUUCCAAAGUUGAUAUUCAUUCUUAUCCUACGUUUAAGCUAUUCUUUGAUGGAGAAGAAGUUGCAAAAUAUCAAGGGCCAAGGGAUGUUGAAUCACUCAAGACUUUUGUCUUAGACCAAGCUGAAGAAGCAGCAAGAAAGGCACAUCUUGGCAGUGAUAAAGAGUUGUGAUAAACUUAGAUGUGGGACUUGUGCUGAAACACAUUUCACUGGAUGCUGGUAUAUGCGUCUAUGCACAUCUUCUAAUUCUCAGUAGCUGGCGGCACAGUGGUGUACUUCUGGCAUUGUGAAAAUCAACUACAACUGAUGAAUGGAGGAGCAGUGUAUUCAUAGACGUACAGAUUUUGUUUGAAAUGCUAGUGUUGGGCACAUUUUUGAAAGUUGAAGAACAAUUAUGAAUUUUUAUUAAGAUUUGAGAAGUUUGCCCAUGUCCACACGUGUAUUCGCUGUUGUAUUUGAGAUUCUUGUGAAACCAAAUGAAUGAGAGAUGUUGAAUCUCCGAUUAAGCUUUU